GUCGUGUAGACUGGCUUGCGCUUGGUCAUCAGUGUAAUUGGUUUAGCUGCUGUGUACAAGUACAGAACUUGGCGUUGUCCGUGUCUUUAUCGCGGGGUUGAGCGCUGGACCGUAGGCGGGAACAAAAGGACGACGCCCUUUAGGCCCACCACGUACUUGCUUUGAACACUAAGUCAAUAACAGUAACGCUGCUUGCAAAUUAGGCGGGCCUUUCCUUCGGGUGCGCCAGGCGCGAUCCUGUGCAGGUGCUAUGGCGACCGUGAAGGAGACCACCGUUGUGCUAGAGGAGCUGGCGGGGCCUGCAGUGGACGUAGCAUACGAUGUGUCGGGGCGACGCAUGGCCACAUGCGCGGCCACGCCAUCAGGCAGCACAGUCAUCCAGGUGCAUGAAGCGGGGCCGGGGCCAGACGCCUGGACGCAGGUGGCGGCGUGGGAGACGGAUCUGUCGGUCACGGGGCUGGCGUGGGCGCACCCCGAGUACGGCAGGGUGCUGGCGGGCGCAACGACCUCAGGCAGCGUGCUGGUGUGGGGGCAGGUGCCUGAGCUGCAGCCGGGUGCUGCGGCGAGCGUGUCUGACGAGGGGCCGGGCGGCGGCUACUACCAGCCCCUCGCAGACCUGCUGUGCGGGACAGGGCCGUGCAGGUCGUUGUGCUUUGCGCCGCGGCAAGCGGGUCUGGUGCUGGCGGCGUUAAUGGAGGACGGGCACGUGUGGGUGCACGAGGCGGAGGACGUGCUGGCGCCACGCGUGUGGAGCCUGCACAGCAAAGUCAAGGCUGGGCCCUCUGGCGUGUGUCAGGGCCUGAGCUGGCGGCCGUUCAGCGCCGGCGUGCCGCCCAUGCUGUGCGCGGGCGCAGGGCCACAGGCGCUCGUGUGGCAGUAUGUGCUUGCGCUCAACUCUUGGCAGGUCGUGGCGCGGCUGGACUCGGGCAACGGGCAGGACGUGGCCUCGGUGCAUUGGGCGCCGCCGCUGGGGCGGGCCGUGGAGCUGCUGGCGGUGGGCGCGGGUCGCGACAUGCUCAUCUUCAGCCUCUCGGGCGACACCGCCGCGCUGCAGGUGGAGCAGCUGGCGGCGCUGGAGCAUGACGCGCCGGUGUGGAAGGUGGAGUGGGACCUGUGGGGCAACCAGGUGGCGGCCGCCACGGAGGCGCGGCAGGUGGCGGUGUACCGGCCCAACCUGGUGGGCAGCUGGGUGCGGCAGGUGCUGGUGGCGGGGCAGGAGGUGGAGGACCAGGAAGAGGACGACGGCGAGGAGGGCGGCAGCGACUGAGGAGGGACGAAACUGCGGGGAUGCGGAGGUAGUUUUGGUGGUAUUGCAAGGAGCAAGGGGCCAUGGGAGCCGGUGGGGGUGAUGGUGGGCGGAGGAGGCGCAAGGCCCAAGGGUAGUUGGCGAGCGUGAAGAUGUCGCGGCCGCGGAGGGGUAAACCACUUUGUUGUAAAUUCGCGACUGUCGGGGCUUGAAGGCGAUUGCUUAGCAUGGGUGUCCUCGGGCUCGUGUGACGGGGCUGCUUUGAACUGUGGUCUCGCACGAAGUGUGGCCGUGGGACCCAGGUGCACAUGCGAACCCUUGGGCCACACCUGCGUCUGCUACCGCAACUGAACACCAGCCUACUCCUGUACAAUGUAUGAUCGCGUGAACCUUUACAGCUUUACUGCCU